AGAAGAAGCUAGCAGCGGCUAGCGGCUAACACUUUCGUAGAAGUCUUUACGCAUCACCACGCACGCACACACACGCGCCCCACACGCACGCGCAGCUCGGCAGCGGCUCGCGUUCACGCACAUAGUGGGUUCAGUUGUUUAUCUGUAGGGAGGGGCUGCUGGGGGUGAGCUACUUCCUGCUGCUAGCUGCAGAAGCUAGCUGUUUACCAGGGCAGGCUGGAUUAUUCAUGAGGGCGCGCGGUGAUUGGUGGAGACAGCGACAGGGGCGGGGCCAGAGAAUGUUUGUGUGACAACAAGUGGACCACCUCCAGGUGGAAGAUGAUCAGGAUGUCAUUGGAUAAGGAGACGGUCAGCCCCUCCUUCCCCGCCACCGUCGGCCUAUCGGAGCAGCCGCAGCCUGCCAAGACCCGCCCCCUGCAUGCUAAGAACAGCCAGACCCCCGUGGCCUCCGCUCCCCCUGCUCAGCGAAUCGCUAAGAGGCGCUACACCGUAGGCGUGGGCUUCCGGGGGCUGGCUAAGCGGAGACGCCGCGCUGCCAGCGACAGCCAAUCAGAGCCCGUUCUGCCCAGCCACUUCCUGUUGGGCGGGAACAUCUUCGACCCGCUCAAUCUCAACUCUCUUUUGGACGAGGACGUCAACAGGGCGACCAAUCAGGAGACUCCGAAGUGCUCACCGCUGCCAUCGAGGGGCGCAGACCCCGUAGAGAUCCUGGUGCCGCGGGACUUCACGGAUCCCCUGAACCUGAAGGGAGGGGGCCAGGGGGGGGCCGGGGUCCUGCUGUCCCCCCUGAAGUCCAAGAGGAAACACAGGAACCGGCACCAUGGAGGAGGCGGAGGAGGAGGAGGCGGAGGAGGAGGAAGAGGGAGGGCCGUGAUACCUGCUCGACUGUUUCCCUCCACAGCUACACUGACAGUCCCUCUGUUGACCAGAGGGGUCAGCGUUCCAGCGUCUCCUCUGCCCUGUGAACUCAACACGGCUAUUACAUGUCGGGACGACGUAGCUCCGCCCCCCAUCCUUCCCAGGAGACACACCCACCCUAUACCGGGACACGCCCACAAGCCCGGUAACCAGGGAGACGGCCGCAGAUGCAGACGGCGCCGCACCGCCUCGGCGAGGUCGGCUGACAACACCGAUACCAUGGCAACCAAAGCUCAGCCAACCAGAUUCCAGACACCGCUGGUGGGAGGGGCUAAAGCCGGCAGGUGUGCAGGCCCUCAGCCCGGCUCUGCUAAUCCACCAGAGAAGAAGAAGGACAAGCGCCGUUACCAGUACGGCAACCACAGCUGUUACUACGGCUACCACGGUUUCUACGGCGACAGGGGGGAGGGGCGUGUCGGGGCAGUAGAGGACCCGCGGCUCCGCCUCCUAGAAGCCGAUUGGUUCAGAGACAAGAAGGUGCUGGACGUGGGCUGCGGCACCGGUCACCUGACGCUCGCUAUCGCCCGGAGGUUCAACCCCGCCCACAUCCUGGGGGUGGAGCUAGACCGCCGAUUGGUCCACACUGCCAUGCAGAACGUCAGGCACUUCCUGUCACAUGACCUGGUAGUGGAGGAGAGGAGGAGGAAGAAGGAGGAGGGAGGGGAGGAGAAGCUCCGCCCCCUGCCCCUGUCCUUCAGGGUGAGUCGAGGUCCUCUCUCUGCUCCUCCUCUCCUCCCACCUUCAUCCUCCUCCUCCAGGUUCCCCAGCAACGUCACCUUCAUCCAGGGCGACUACGUGUCGGGGCGGGAGCGCUGGGCUGGGCGGGGCCAGUAUGACGUCAUCUUGUGUCUGGGCGUCACCAAGUGGGUGCAUCUGCAGUCAGGAGACGGGGGCGUGGCCACUCUGUUCAGACGGGCCUAUCAGAGCCUGUCGUCGGGCGGAUUGUUCAUGCUAGAGCCACAACCAUGGAGCAGCUACAACCACAACCAGAGGCCCUCGGUAACACGUGAAGUGACUGAUCGUAACUUCAGGACUUUGAGACUGAGACCUGAACAGUUCACCUGCUACCUGACGGACAGCGUGGGCUUCAGCUCCUAUCGACUCAUCACACACACAGCUAAUCAGCGGCCCAUCUACCUGUUCCACAAAGGCCCCGCCCAGAGGAAGUGAUGUCACCAGGACAGGAUGUGACACGUCUCGCCACUUUCUAUGGUGACCACACUGGACCUUGACAGACAGGUGGAGAGGAGGAAGCUGAUUGGACGCUGUAUCUUUGACUCGUGAGCUCGCAGCUGAUUGGUCGAGCCGGUCUGAUUGGACAGCUCAUCACGCCAGAGCAAAGGAUUGUGGGACGCUGUCCUCUGAUUGGACGGGAGGUGAUGCCAGGUUGUUCUUUUGAUGGUUUGUCUUAGUGAGAUUAAAGCUGCAGGUACUUUUAUCAACAAGCCA